AUGACCAUCCAGCCCAAGACCGUCGUCGUUCUCGGCGUUGCGUACGGCGGUGCGCACGCUGCCGCGACGUUUGCCCGCCGCCUGCCUGAGGGCUGGCGUGUCGUCGCCAUCGACCGCACCUCGCACGGCAACCCGGAUCCUGCGUCGCACGAGAUGCUGCAGGGCCUGGUCAUCGGCAUGACGCCGAACAGCGUCUCGGUCCUCCUCCCGAAGGACGGCUCGUACGACGAUGUGAAGGACGACGCCGCGCCGCCGGAGCGCAUCCGCACCAUCGAGUUUGACUACGCCGUCUACGCCCUCGGCAGCGGCAUGCCCGCGCCCUGCGACGUCUGGGGCGAGAUCGGCCGCAAGCAGUCGCCCGGCCGCGGCACCAAGGCCGGCACCGUCGAGUGGCUCGCCAACUACGGCGACGAGAUCAAGAAGGCGAAGCGCGUCAUCAUCGUCGGCGGCGGCGCGCUCGGCAUCCAGUACGCGACCGAUAUCAAGGAGACGACGCCCGAUGUCGAGGUCACGCUGCUGCACUCGCGCGAGCAGCUGCUGCCCGUCCACCACCCCGAGGUGCACGAUGUGGUGAUUCAGCGCUUCAGGGAGCUCGGCAUCAACUACUCGCUCGGCGACCGCGUGCUCACGUGGCCCGAGAACCCCGGCUUCGUCGGCGAGACGAAGACGGUCGUCACCGAGAAGGGCAAGACCUACGAGGGCGACAUCGUGCUUGCGUGCACGGGCCCGCGCCCGCACGUCGAGUUCAUUGCUGCGCUGAACCCCGCGGCGGUCGCGGAAACGGGCCGCCUGCGCGUCGACGAGCACCUCGCCAUCCAGGGACUCCCGCACAUCUACGCAAUUGGUGACGUGGCGGACACGGAGGCGAUCCUCGCUGGCCACAUGAGCAACGGCAUGGGCGGCGUCGCGGCGCGUAAUAUUCUGCGCCAGAUCGCCGGGAACCCGCUCGAGAAGUACGUCGUCGACCCCACGGGGCAGCGGAUCAAGGUUUCGCUCGGCCUCAAGGACGCCGUCAUCGCGAGCCUGAGCGGGGCGAACCGCAUCGACACGGGCGCGGAGGACAUCAACGCGCGCCUGAUGUGGGCCGUGUACGGUGCGCAGGACUUGCCCGAGGACGCGUAG